ACUCUUGUCAUUCCGCAUUCGCCGGCAAACCGCCGUCGUUUGAAGUUGUUUAUUGUAUUGUUUAACUGUAUAUCUCAAUAAUGAGCUUUAAAGUAGCCGUCGUGACUGGUGCAAAUAAAGGAAUAGGUUUUGCAAUAGUCCGAGGACUCUGUAAGCGGUUUGAUGGCAUUGUUUACCUCACAUCCAGAGACAAAAACCGCGGAGCGGAGGCAGUGGCCGAACUUGAAAAAGAAGGUUUAAAUCCUAAAUACCACCAGUUAGAUAUCACAGAACCGAAAAGUGUAGAAGAAUUCCGUGACUACGUUAAAGCGAAAUAUGGAGGUAUAGAUGUUUUAGUCAACAAUGCUGCGAUUGCAUUCAAAAGUAAUGCCCCUGAACCUGUUGCCGUACAAGCAGAGCAAACUCUCUUCGUCAAUUACUUCUCCCUUUUGUCCACUUGUGAGAUCUUAUUCCCAAUACUUCGUAACGGAGGUAGAGUUGUAAAUAUAUCGAGUUCAGCGGGUCAUCUUUCAAACAUACCGAGUGAGAAGUUAGUCGAGAGAUUUCAGGAUCCUAAUUUAACUAUCCCGGAGCUAUCUGAACUCAUGAAUAAAUAUAUAGAAGCAAGUAAACAGGGAACACAAGCAGUGGAAUGGGGUAACUCCUCAUAUGUUGUAUCAAAAGUAGGAGUAACUGCAUUGACAAAGAUACAACAGAGGCUAUUGAAUGAUAGAGACAUUAAAGUGAAUGCUGUACAUCCGGGAUAUGUGAACACGGACAUGUCAUCACACAAAGGUCCGCUGUCUAUUGAUGAAGGGGCUGCGGCUCCUCUGUUCUUGGCUUUGGACGCACCGGAUAGUGUCCGCGGGGAAUAUGUCUGGUACAACAAGAAGAUAGUGAGCUGGACCGGAGAGAAAUCGAAUUUUUAAGUUCCACCUACUACCAACCUACCUGCUACAGAAUAUUAAUGUUAUAUUGCCAUUAAUGGCCUUAAUAUUUUACCAUUUUUAACUUCAUUCAAAGUGAUUGAAUUUAGUGGAGUAAAAACAAAAUGCUUUCUAAUAAUCCUUAUAUUUUAUUAUGAACUUACAAAUAAAUAUAUUUUAUUUAUAAAUAUUGUUAAAUAUAUUUAAGACACUCAAAUAAACCAGUAUUUUUGUUAA